GCCGUGGGCCCGGUGAACGCGGAGUGCCCGGCCGCCUCCCUGCCGCUGAACGCGGGGCUGUCGGCGGUGGAGGGGGGUUUCCUUGUGCCCGGCAGCGUCUGGCCGUUCAGACGUGGCGCUGCACACGCGGAGUGCUUCGGGUUCAAAAAUAGCGUGGGUACAGGACGUCAGUGACAUACAUGCAAUAGGAAGUGGCUUAAUGGCUAAGUACUAUAUGAGGGGAAACAAGAAGAAAAAAAAAACCCACAACCUCAUCCCUUUCCUCUUUCCAGAUCAUAAAUUUUAUUUCUCCACACUCAGUUUUCUCAGUUCCAUGUAGACUAUGGAAAAAGAAAUGACAGAAUAUUGGGUACUAUGACAAAUCCUUCACAUACAUCAGUUUUGAAGUUCAGCGUCCUUAAUAGGAUACCCCACACCCCUGAAUCCAGCAAUUUUAACAACAGUUCGUUUGGCUUGAUGUGUCAUUUAUUACUUUUUAGAUGGUAGAAGAAAAGGAUUUAGAGAGGCCUUAGUAAGGUGGUACCCUUUCUCUAAAGCUUUCAUCCAGUCUUUCAAAGGCUUCACAAAGUUUAGCUGAGAUGUAACAUUUUCCAGGUUUGCAUAUCCAACAAACAUUAAACACAACACAAAUAUAACAGGGACUACGUUUACAUUAUUGUGGUGGCUGAUGGGCUUACAGUGUUUCUAGUAAUGUUCGUUGCCAAGAAUGCACAGUAAAAUGAGACUACUUGUUACAUGGAAAAAAUGCAGCAUCUUAAGGGAUCUGACCAUAAGUUUUUCAAGCUGUUUUUAUAGAGGUGGUAUAAUGGAAGCUCAAAAAUGAAGGGACAGCAGCGUCUGGCCUUUAGUUUCAGAUGAAAAAAAAAAAAAAUCAUUACAAACAUAAUUUUUAAUAAAAUGCCCCAGUGGUACAGCAGCAUCUGAGGUCAGUAUUACCAGGAGGCUGGGCAGCUGUUGCGGGGAGCAGAAGAGCCUGCAACUCAGAGGUUGUAUCUGUGCUGGAGUGGUUCUAAAGCACAGCAUGAGCUAAAUGAUUGUUAACACACAGAUGUGUUCAUAGAGUUCACGUGACAAAGUCUAACUAUAUCUUCCAGUCUGGUUUAAAUCACCAAAUCUGAGUGUAAAUCAGAUUAGCAACCAGAAUGUGUCUUCCUCCCAGCCCCACUAAAAAACAUUUACGGUGUUGACCUUUUUGGUAGCUAUCCUUGUUUCUUGCUCCCCUAAAAAGAAUAGGAAGCUGCAGGAGUAGUCAUUUGUUGUCCUUUUUCCCCGGAACAUGUUCAUUUUCCUGUUAAUGAGUAUGCAAGCCUGAAUUCCAGGAGGACUGACUACGAGUUAAAGCAUGAAUGCUUCAGAGAACUGAAAAUUAGAACGGGAUGAAAAGUAUUCCUAACUGUUAAUUUCUGAGUUUAACAGACAUGACUCUUGGCCAAGAAGCCAAUGCCUGGCUCCAAGAUUGAAAAAAGAGACAUUAAUAAGACUAAGAAAGAAAAAAAAUUAAUAUCUUUUCAUUCCCCCACAAAGACCAGUGCAUUUUCUGUGUUUGAAGAACCUUACAAAUUUUUAAGAGAGUUGAAACAGGGUUUGCAGUACCUCUCUAGCUGCCUAGCACUGUGUAACUUUCCUGAGCUGGAAGAAACUUUCUAUCUUGAUAAAAACCCCUUAUGUUAGGACAUUAUAAAACAUCUCACAGAUGUCUUAUACAUACUUGGCCAUUGCCAAAAAGCAGAGGUAAUAAAUAUGUACUUACCCUAAAAGUAACAGAAAAUAAUUGUCUUGAGCCUGUGAUAUGUAUUAACAUGUGAUAUACAAUUAUAGUGCGAAUUUGUGUGUUUGAAGAAAAAAAGCUUGCUUUUUUUUUUUUUAGAUCAGUGUGGUAGGGCAUCUGUCUAUAUUAAGGAGGCCUUUGCCUUUCCUUCCUAGAGUAGCUUAAAUGGAAGUAUUCAGUGUUGCAGAAGAGAGAAGAGGUAUUUUUAGAAAGAAAAAGAAGUCAUAAAAGUAUUUUAUAGGAGGCUUUCCCAUUUAGUGGCCAGGAGUGUUGUCUCUGAGUGCUCUUGAGAGAGAACAAAUGCUGUUCAGCAUUCUCUGGCAGAGUGUCACAAAGAUUGAAAUGUAGUGGGACAAAUGUUACAUGCCAGUGCUUUCUUUGACGUUCCUUACUGAGGCUGUUCAGCAAAGUAUUGUUUCCAUUAUGUUCCUCAUAAAGUUUUCACAAUUUCUACAUUUCUCUGGUAUUAAAGAGUGGAUAUCAUUUUUUCAUUUCAGCUGUUUCAGGUACUUGCAGAGAUUGACCACGCCACAGUGAUACAGGUCUACUGCUCCUCUGCUAUGUUGUGGUUUUGUAUGAUUUGCCUUCUGGCAAAUAAUGGUUUGCCAAGUACCACACUGUCUUUAGUGCAGCAUAACACUAAUGCUAGAAAUAUUUACAACUGUUAAUCAUUUUUCUUAUAAAAGUUGCACGUUAGUUUUAUGUAAAAUUUGCAAGUUUUUUACUUCAUUUUGCUACGCUUCAAUAUAAAAUGAAACAGGCAAAGAUAUGCAUGUUUGCCCCUCUGUGCUAAUUACUGCAAGUGUUUGCAGUGUGCUGCAAGAGUAAUCCUGUCUCUGGUCUGACUCCUAGAGAAUAGUGCUGUUGUUAUAGUCACAUUUUAAGAUAGUAUCUGUAUGUUACAUAAGUAGUUUUUGUAAGCAUACACGAGGAGAGAAAUAGAGGCCUUCACAGUCUACAUGAUUUCAUGUAGCUCUUAUCAAAGAUUAUGUCAAAUAUGCUAAGUGCUGUUAUCAAAAGUAACUUAAAAUGUAUUUAGAGGUCUUUUUAAACAGAUACAUUUCUUUUGAGUCCUUUUUUGUCUGCUGACUAGUGUCAAAGAUUUAAUUGCUGCUUGCUUUUGCUAGUUCUCAGGCCUGCAGAAUUGAAAUUGCCAGUGUUUCUUUUUCUAAAGGAAGCAUCUAUGACCUGUAUACUUGCAGAUUGCUAAGUGCAAUGGAAUGACAUGGGCAUUAUCGAGGGUCUCAUUGAGUUAGCUACAACUCAGCACUGUGUGAGAAAGACCCUAAUUUCAGAACUGAGACUGACUGUAGCACUGGAAUAAGAGAAAGGUGAAAUCAACACACUUAAAACUUAACUCAUUCAAUGAGGCAUCCUUAAAACAGAGCAUUGGUUAACCUUUUCUCCUAGUUUACAUUGAAAGUGUCAAGAACACUUUCUUGUUGGACUAAAUCAAUUUUUCUUAAUGAAAAAAAAAAAAAUUUACUUUGAUUUUGAAUUACCUUCUCUAUAUCUACCUGCAAGGCUUGCAUGGUAUUAUUUUAACAGGCAAUAGCAUUCCUUUGUUUCUAAUAGAACUAAUUGUUUUCUUUUGUUUUUGCUUUCUUUCCCCUUUCAGGUAGCAAAGUCUGAAGGGAAGCAGGGGUUAUCUGUUCUUUAAUGAGUAAACUAUGGAAAACAAAGUUAAUAAUUAUACUGAUGUGGCUACUGUGUAUCUGACAUAGGUCUAUGGGUUACAUGUUUUUGUCUUGAACAUUCCAGUCAUUUUGAGAAUGUCAUCCAGUAUAUACAUUUAAAAAUACUUUCUGGAAGUAGUUGCCUGAAGUACAUUUCUUGUUUUUAUAGUUAUUGAUUAGCAGGGCAUAUUUUCUCUAGUCAGCGAAUGAUCUGUUGCUCCACACAGAAUGUCAUUUCUAACUAUCUGUUUUCUGGCAUGUUUGCCAAGUCACUGUGGCAAAACUUAGUAUAAUUAUCUAAAGUGUGUAGGCCUGCUUCUCCAGUGUGACUGGUAAUCUUAAUUAUCCCAGUUUCAGAAUACCUGAUUUGAAACAAUUGAAAGAGGACACCAGUUUUACAGCUCUGUGACUUUUUAAAAAUUGGGCUCUUUUUCUAUUCUGUCUAAUUGUAAUAGCAAUGUUAAUUACACAAAUACAUUUUCACAACAAUUCUAAGAGAGACUUUGAACCUUGAGUUGCAUUUAGGCUUAACUGUCAUUCAAGGAAAAAAAGAUCAGUGCUGUCAAAUAGAGGAAAUCUUCCUUCUAGAUGAUAUUCAGAAACAUUUUGCAGUGCUGUUAGUUAAAAAGUUGCAUCCUCUAUGCUUACAGAUGUGAUAAGGUAAUAAUUUACUAGAACUUAUUUCAAUGAAACAAAAUCACUGAAGGGAAGAGAAAGGGAUCUUAUCUUUUAAAAUUGCUUAGUGAUGUGUAGAAACUCAUUCCUGGAAUCUGUAAGUUUUUUUCAGGUCACAUUUAUUCAGGCAUGCUUUUUGCUUCACGAAGCUUCUGUUGCCUUGGUAUUAGAACAUACCAACUACGAACAGAUUUGCUUUCCAGAUCCAUCAAACUUUCAGCCUCUGCAACAAUGACCUUCAGACACAAAAACACAAGACGAAUUGAAGGCCUUGAUAGUAAUGUGUGGGUUGAAUUUACAAAGGUGGCAGCAGAUCCCUCGAUUGUUAAUCUUGGUCAAGGCCUUCCUGAUAUAUCCCCUCCAGACUAUGUUAAAGAAGAGCUGGCAAAGGCAGCAGCAGUUGACAGACUGAACCAGUACACACGAGGCUUUGGACAUCCGUCACUGGUGAAAGCCUUGUCUCAAGUGUACGAGAGAGUUUGUGGAAGAAAGAUUGAUCCUUUCACAGAUAUCCUGGUGACUGUGGGAGCUUAUGGGUCUCUCUUUAGUACAAUACAAGCGUUAAUUGAAGAAGGAGACGAAGUAAUAAUAAUAGAGCCGUUUUAUGACUGUUAUGAACCAAUGGUAAAGAUGGCGGGUGCAAAGCCCGUUUUUAUCCCACUGAGAUAUAAAAAUGAUGGAAACUCUGCAUCUAGUGCUGAUUGGGUCUUAGAUCCUGCUGAACUUGCAAAUAAAUUUAAUUCCAAAACAAAAGCAAUUAUUUUGAAUACCCCGCACAACCCUAUAGGCAAGGUAUUUAACAGAGAAGAGCUCCAAGUAAUAGCUGAUCUCUGUAUUAAACAUGAUACCCUGUGCAUCAGCGAUGAGGUGUAUGAAUGGCUGGUGUAUAAAGGAAAUAAACACAUUAAAAUAGCUACGUUGCCAGGUAUGUGGGAAAGAACAGUAACUAUAGGAAGUGCUGGAAAAACAUAUAGUGUAACUGGCUGGAAGCUUGGUUGGUCUAUUGGCCCCCAGAACCUGAUCAAGCAUUUGCAAGUUGUUCACCAAAAUACACUGUACACUUGCCCAACUCCAUUACAGGAGGCUUUGGCACAAGCAUUUGGGAUAGACUAUAAACGCAUGGAUGACCCAGACUGCUAUUUUUACUCGCUGUCUCGAGAGCUGGAAAGCAAGCGUGAUCGGAUGGCUCAGCUACUUCAAGAAGCUGGACUGAAGCCUGUCAUUCCCGAUGGAGGAUACUUUAUGAUUGUUGAUGUUUCUACAUUAAAUGUGGAUCUCUCUGAUGUAGAUGAGAAACAACCAUAUGAUUAUAAAUUUGUCAGAUGGAUGAUAACAUCUAAGAAGCUGUCAGCAAUUCCUCUUUCAGCAUUCUGUGGUCCUGAGACAAAAAGGCAGUUUGAAAAAUAUAUACGUUUUUGCUUCAUUAAGAAGGACAGCACACUAGAUGCAGCUGAAGUGAUCCUGAAGAACUGGAAUAAACAGACAGCCUGAUUUUUCUUAUUAACUCUUCCAUCUAGUAUAAUUAUCUAAUAGUAGGGUUUUUUAAUUGCAAAUUUAAAAACAAAUUACUUAAUACAGUACAGAAUUAAUAUGACAUAGUAAAUAACUUUGUGCUGCCACCUGCCGAGGUUAAAACAGUGAUUUAUUGAAAUAUGUGUAACGCUACUCAGAGGUUAUUUUCAGUCUUUUUAAAUUAAGUUACUUUUUUCCUAAAAAAAUCUAUUGGAUUUACUUGUUUGACUGAAAGACAAAAUUUGUAGGACUCUCUGUAAAAUAAAUAGAUAAUAUAGGUAUUUUAAAACUUACAAGAAAGACGUGGAGAAAGUUUUUGGUAUGAGAUAGUAUAGGAACUAGGGGCGAGAUUUAAACAUCGUGGUUUAUGAAACCCAAUAGCCUGCAGUGGAGGAAAAUUAAGAUAUGCCUUAUAUUAGAUAAUUGCAGUGACUUUCUACAUACAUACCUGCCUACCCUGUCUAUGCACAAAUUACAUCAGUUUAAAUAAAGUGAUUGAAUGAAAUCAGUACAAGUGUUUAUACUAUAGGCAAGAUUGAAAAGUGCUAAGUUGCAUAAUUACUAUUUUAUCUUCCCACAAUAGUCAUGUGUGCUGUUCUGAAAGUAUUCAGUCCUCAAUAAAAUUAUAACAGUGGCAUCUAGAAUAGGAAUUCUAUUUAACCACAUCUACCUAUUUAUUUAUUGAUUGCACAGAUGAAUCUACAAAGCAAGAUAGAAGACUUUGCUUUAGAGGCUCCUUCACAAUCAGAUGUACUGUGACAUAAUUAAUCCUGUCAUCCUUUUUCUUACCAUGUUCACAACUUUGGUAACUUCACACCAAACUUAUUUCAAACUCAUUAGACCUAGGGGCACCACAGAGAUGUGCCUAAUACUGUGCUACAGAGCUCAACUAACUUUGUUUCAAGCUCAGCUGAUAAAGGCCUGUUCCAAAAGUGAUCAGUAUGGAGAAUUCCUUUCUAGUUGCUUCCUGUAUCAGUUUUCUCUGAGAUCUUUUCAUCCGUGGGUGGGUUUCCCACUAUCAGAAGCUAUCCAGGUAGGUAACCUUUUAAGGUUGUGUAUUUUGUUCUCCAUGUUGUUUCUGUAUUCUUCUCUCAGGCCUUAUAGUGGAAAGCCUGAACAAAUUCAGUAACUAGUUUUGUGGGUGUUUUACUCAUUCUGUGAUCACACAGCUGGAUCCAUCAGACUGACCAUGGCCAGGGCCUAAAAAAAAAGCAUAGAAACUGGGCUGUGAGAAAGCUGCUAGACUUUUUCAUUAGUUCUUGAGAUUUUGGGAGUCCAGUAGCUGGGACUUCCAUAGUCUUUGUAGCUGUCGUGCACUGCCAUUCCCUACAUCUUGCCAGAAGAUGGUUGCCUGGUAUUUUUAAGGUGGUGUGCAGUCUUCAUGUAGAAGAAUCAAUUUAAUAAUUAAAAUAACUUAACUGAAAUUUCAGCAUGAAUUUCAUGUGAGAAUUCCUACAUUAAAUUCCAAGAGGAACUAUUUUUAAAAGAUAUUAAAUUUCUGUGAAAUCUACACUCUAUUUUAUAAGGAGUUUAAAAUCUGUUUAUGUGAGUUGCACUCAAGACCUGUGCUGUUGCAGGAACUAAGAGGGAAAGGAAAAUGUAAAGUAGUUUGCUGCUUUAAUUGAAAAGUGAAUUUUUAUAAAAUUAAGCAAAUUUUUCUAGCAUAAAUACAUGGUAAAAUCAUAGGUUUCUAUGAAAUGUUUGUGUGAUUUAUAUGAAUCAGAAUGUUCUAAUUUCUUAAGCCUCUGAAAUGAUACAAAAUAAUAAAAUACUUGAAUUUUG